GCGAAGCGCGAGCGCAUGCCGGGAACGCAGACAGGAGACAGCUCCACCACCGCCGUUCCUCCAAACCCUAACCCUAGGGCGAACCCAAAAAAACUUCAUCCCCGGCGCGCGCCUCAGAUCGGCGCAGCGGCGUUGAGCGAUGGGAAAGCGGAAGGAGCGUCGCCUGGCGGCCAAGGCGUCCUCGGGCCGCAGGGUCAAGCUCGAUCUCUUCCUCGAUCCUCCCCCCGGCGAGGCAUCCGUGAAAGAGGGAGUAGGAGGGGAAAACCGUGAGAAGCAAACUGGUGUUCCCACCUCACCAUCUUCCUCAGAUAAGAAGGAAAAUCCUCUAGCAUUGCUUGGGCAAUAUAGUGAUGAUGAAGAGGAAGAGGGAGCAGUGGAUCAACCCAUCGGGGAAGCCAAGGGGAGUCCAGCUGAUGCAAAUAGUAAGGUUAUUCAUGAUCAGGAUGCAAGUGGUGAUAAAGGCACUGUAGAUAGUGAACUGCCUGCUUCCAUUGGUGUUCAGCAAGAGGUAUCUCAGGCUGAUGAUGUCAAGAUUUUCACAGAAAAUGUUGCUGAGGAAAUAACUGUUGUCCCUGAGCCAACUCCAGAAAAUGAGUGUGUGACAGCAACGGAAGCUAUCCCAGAUUCAUCUGGCAUGCAAAUUGUUGGUGACAUUGGUGGGAAUUGGAAGGCAAUAAUGCAUGAACAGAGUAAUCAGUAUUACUACUGGAACACAAUUACUGGAGAAACUUCUUGGGAAAUCCCUAAUGCAUUAGCUUCGGGGGUCUCUGCUGAUGGAGUCACUUCUGCAUCUAUGCCUACUCAUAUGGAGUACUCUGUAGAAGCUCAUGCACACGUUCUUCCCCAUAGCAAUGGCGAAGCAUAUCCAAAUGAUGUGUCAGUUGGAAAUGGCACAGCAACUUAUUCUUCUAUGGGAAUGGUAUGUGGAAGUGGGGAGCUUACUCACAAUGCUUAUGCCUAUACUGGAGCUGUCGCUAGUCAUGAGUCGGUGAACAUUGAUCCGUUGCAGCUUGCAAAAUUUGGUGAGGGUCUACUGCAACGAUUGAAGCUGCUGGAAAGGCCACAUGUUGCCAUUGACAGUAUUGAAUUGAUAAAAAGAGAAAUCGAAAUGCGAAUAUCAGACUGCAAUGCACUCUCCUCGUAUGGUUCUUCUUUGCUUCCGUUGUGGUUGCAUGCUGAGGUGCAUCUUAAGCAUCUGGAACUAUCAGUUUCCAAAUUUGAAGCUAGCUACACUACCAAACCUGGAUAUCUGGAGACAGCGGAUGCAGAAUACAAAGCACCAAAUGAAGCUGAAGUUAUGGCAGAUGAAAAUGUCAAUGUUGAGGAGCCAUGUUCAACAUCAUUGGUUCAGAACCCACAAGAAGUUGCUGCAGCAGUUGUUUCAAAAGUUGAGUCAGAGAGUGAUGAAGAUAUGGAUGUGGAAAUGGAGGUCGAUGAAGAAAGUGUUGAAGAGCAGGGUGGUCCUGCUUCAGUGCCGAAUGAGGAACAUCCUUCAUCAGAGCAAGUGCGAUCGCCUACUUUGCCAUUGUUGGAUGAUUCUGCUCCUCCCCCACAGGAUGAUGGCAUUCCUCCACCACCACCACCAGAAGAGGAAUGGAUUCCACCUCCACCACCUGAGAAUGAACAAGCUCCUCCACCUCCUCCUGAGCCUGAAGAGCAUGUUGCGUCAUAUGCUCAGGCUGAUACACUCCCUCAGCCAUACGUAGACCAAGCAAACUUGGGUUAUAUGCUUCCAGGAGUGGAGUACUAUCCUGCUGUAGGUUCAGAUGGCACAAAUGCCAAUUACUAUAUGCAAGUGAGCGAGUCUCAUAUUCUUCAAUCGCAACAGCAUUCUUACUAUGCACCAGUGUCUACAAGUAGCAUACCUAUUCCUGUUGAUGCAACAUCCGUUCCCCCAGUACCAGGUUCUUACUAUGGCUAUCCUUCAGUCACUAUGGCUGCCACUGAGGUAGCAGCUGAAUCAUCUGGAUACUAUGCUUCGUCAACCUCUGCCAUUUCUAGUGGUGCAUUAGAUGGCAUAACUAGCUCAGCCUCCGUUGUUGAUACAAAUAGUAAUGUGAAUCCCAUGGAAUCUGAUAAAGUGAUAUCAAAGGAGCCCACAUUCGCCCCUUUGGGCCAAUCAGUAGGCGCAGCAUCAGCUUCAGGAACUACAGUACAUGGAGGUUCUACUCGAGCUUCUGCUAGUACCACUAAUCAGACUAAAGUUCCUCGUACUAAGAAGCGACCUGUGGCUGUUGCAUCCUCACUAAGGUCUAACAAGAAGGUCUCGAGUCUGGUGGAUAAGUGGAAAGCUGCAAAAGAGGAGCUUCGUGACGAAGAGGAAGAUGAACCUGAAGAUGCUUUGGAGGCCUUCGAAAGGAAACGCCGGAAGGAAAUAGAUGGGUGGCGUAAGCAACAAAUAGCCAGUGGAGAAGCUAAGGAAAAUGCAAACUUUGUUCCCCUUGGUGGCGACUGGCGUGACCGUGUGAAACGCAAAAGGAAAGAAGCAAAGAAGGAAUCAAAGGCUGAAUCUGUUGCGGCUGCUGAACAGCACAAAGGGCAGCCUGAUCUCACAGAGCUAUCCAAGGGUCUUCCUUCUGGGUGGCAGGCAUACAUAGACGAGUCCACGAAGCAAGUGUACUAUGGGAACAGCCUCACUUCUGAGACAAGUUGGGAUCGGCCUGGCAAGUGAUUGUAUCGCUUGAAGACGGCCAAGUUUUGUUUUGUAGAUAUCCCCUUACCUAAUUACGUAACUUGAUACAUAUCAGAUAUUACAACUGAAUGGAAGUGCCUGUCAUGUUCUGCGAAGAAA